AUGGUUAACAACAUAACUCUCUGGCAAUUUUUACUGGAACUCCUCCUGUCGAACCAGUACAAGCACAUCAUAGCCUGGACCAAUGCUGAGGGGGAGUUUAAGCUGCUGAACGCUGAGGAGGUGGCCAGGCUGUGGGGGCUGCGGAAGAACAAGACCACCAUGAACUACGAUAAGCUGUCCAGGGCACUGCGUUAUUACUACGACAAAAAUAUCAUCAAGAAAGUACUCGGACAGAAGUUUGUGUACAGGAGGGAGCGGCGCCCCCACUACGGUCAAGAGAGAGGGGGGCAUGUCUCCCUAUUCCCCGGGGGCGUCAGGAUUGCAGCCAGGCGCCCCAUCCCCCGCGGGCGCGCACCACGGGGGGUCGCGUCUCCCUUCACCCGCUCAUGUUGCGCCCCCACACCUCACCUCGCCCCCCCCUGCUCAUAUUGGCUCCUACUCCUCCUGGGUCCACUGGCACACAUGUACACUGCAGCGGCGUUCUCCCAGAUGGCGGCAGCAAGUUUAGGGGGGUACCUGUCCGCCCUGGCCCGCCGCCCCCCAGACACUCCAGAGACCCCCGCCCCACCACCACCCCCCGGCCCUGCUCUCUGGCCCCCGGAUCUUGGGCCCCGCUCCCCGUCGCCCCCUUCAGAUGACUCCCAGGACAGCCCCCCCUCUGCCCCCCUCCACUUAGUGACAGAGGAGACAAGCCGGAGGAGGAGGGAGGAGGAGGCUGAGGAGAGAAGGCGAGAGGAGAAACAGCGCUCACGUUCUCGCUCACCACGGUCUUCCCCACUGCCGCAGCCCCCACAGCAGAAGUCCCCAUACCCACACAGGUCCCCACUACCCUCCCCCCCUCCUCUUUCACCCCUCACACCCCCACCACCAAGGGAAAAGCCGCAAACACAAACGGACACACCAAAACCACGAUCCGUCAAACCUAAACCCUCUCCAUUGGACAUUCAGACAAUCACCGGGUCGCCUCCUAUUUUGUCACCCCGGCAGAACAGCGCCUGUAGCCUCAACACCCCUGUGGUCAACCUCCCCUCCCCCCCAUACAGCGGCGUGGGCACCAAAUCACCUACUUACCCUUUCAUCUAUGGUCAAGCUUGAGUCCGCUAGCAUCUCUCUCUCCGCAUUAUGGCUCCCCUCGCGGCCAGCACCAUUUUACCUUCCCAGCACUCCCACAGUACACCCAUCUGCCCCCUCCUGCCCCGACAGCCUCCCCCCUCCU